GUCUUCUAUUUUAUCAUGGAUAUAUUUGGAAGAGAUACAAAUUCAAAUGAUAGGGAUGUCAUUUCUGUCUACUUUCAAUUGCUUAUUCUGGUUGCCUGUGAGGUGUCAUAUAGAAAAUAGUGCUAUAGCAUUAAAUUCUCUAUUUAUCACAGAAAAUGGAUAUGGGGCCAUGUCCAAAAGUCCACUCUUUGCAACUGAGGAGAGAGUAUCCUUAUAUUACUCACAAUGCUGGAUGGUUUCUGUAUUUCUACAUUUGUGGUUGCUUAACCUUUCUUAGAUAUGAAGAAGCUAAGGCAAAAGGCAUCGAUAGUUAUGAUAGAGAGUUGGAAGAUGCUAUUGACAGGCUCAUUGUCGAGUGUGAUAGGAAAAUUGGUAGAGCUCUCAAGCAUCUUGAAGAUGAGGAUGCAAAGGCCACUAUUGCUAUAUCAGUCUCUGAAGUUACUCAGGCACCAGAAGUACUAGAGCUUUCAAAGCAAAUUAAGAAGAAAUUGAAAGAAGUUGAUCAAUAUGGAAGUGCAGUAACACUUCGGAAGCAGCUCGAUCUGCUGAUGGGUGCGUACCGUAUUGGCGACGUAAGGGAGGUGAAUCGGAAGUACUACGAUCGCGAUGUGUGCCGCCUCUACUUAUCUAGCCUUUGGCCUCACGAACUCUUCCAAUUAACGGCAAAAGGCAUCGAUAGUUAUGAUAGAGAGUUGGAAGAUGCUAUUGACAGGCUCAUUGUUGAGUGUGAUAGGAAAAUUGGUAGAGCUCUCAAGCAUCUUGAAGAUGAGGAUGCAAAGGCCACUACUGCUAUAUCAAUCUCUGAAGUUACUCAGACACCAGAAGUACUAGAGCUUUCAAAGCAAAUUAAGAAGAAACUGAAAGAAGUUGAUCAAUAUGCUCUAGAAGAAGUAGAAGAGCUUAGAACUAAAGGAGCAGACAAACAGUCAACACUGCUUUUGGAUGCAUUCAAGAAAGAUCUGGCAUCUUUGCCCCAACCAUUGCCAAACCCGUUUUCUUUGGCACCACUGCCUGUGCCUGCACCUGAUUCUCGGAUCCAGGAAAUGAUAAAUGAGAAGCUGAAGAAAGCUGAGGAUCUUGGUGAGAAGGGGAUGGUAGACGAGGCACAAAAAGCAUUAGAAGAGGCUGAAGCACUCAAGAAGGUUUCAAUUUCUGAAUUUAUUAGUGCAGUGGAUCAAUUGGCUUGUAACCUUGCCCAUUGCGGAGGAGGCACAAGUUCGAGCAUGCUCCAUGUUAAAAUGAAGAGAGAAACAAGAGCCGCAAACUUGACCGGUAUGAUGACAGGAGAUCGAAAGAAAGAAGCAGAGAUCAUGAGAGAGAAUCAAGUUGGGACCGAGACCAAGGGAAUAGCCAUGACCGAGGGAGGGAUUGUGAUUGUAGGAGCAGAGAUCGUGACAGGUAUAGCGAUCAAGAUUGUGAUAGAGAUUAUGAGUGCUCUUGGACUUAUAAUUCUAGAAGUCGUCACAGGUCACAUUCAAGGUCUAGGGAACGUUCCAGGGAUCAUGAUCGCCACAGGCGUGACCGAUACUAGAUGCAUGAAUGCUGCAAAGAAGAAAAUGAAUACGAAACUGUUCUUGCUUAGGUAAGCCGACUUAUAUAGGGGAGUAGCAUUCCUCAGUUAAGUUAUUUGACAGUUUGUCAUGUGGUUGUAUCAUGUUUAAGAGGGUAUUUGUUGCUCUUUGGUACCUAGAGACUAGGAAUUUAAU